AUAGUGACCUUGAGGAAGUGGACCUCCCAAUGGAGACAGCUGUGUUGCUCAAGAACAGAAGUUUAUCGGAUGUCAUAUCUGUCAGUUCUGUAGAAGAAAUGCUUCCUUCAAGUCCCCUAGGACCAAAUACAAGUAAUGUUGGUUUUAAGGAGAUGUUAAAAGUUACAUUGACAGGUUGACCAUAAUCAUUUCAGCUAUUUGUAGCAUUGCUGAGGAAAAGAACGACUAGGGGUGCAUGUACACUGUUGAAUUAAUACAGUUUGAAAGCCCUUUUGACGACCAUGGUAUAAAGCUAUGGGAUCAUGGGAUUUGUAGUUUGGUGAGUCAUCAACACUGUUUAGCAGAGAAGGUUAAAGACCUUGCAAAGAUACAACUCCCAGGAUUCCAUAGAAUUGAGCCAUAACAGCUAAAGUGGUGUCGUCCUGCAUUAUUUCUACAGUGGGGAUGCACCUCAGAUGAGUCACAGAAAAAGUGGCUAAAGAGAGAGACCUGAGCAAGUCUCUCCUUUCCCUUCGAUUUCUCUCUUUCUCUCUCUCUUAUCUAUUUCCCACGGAUAUCAUUCAGUUACAGCAAUGAGUUCGAUGGAAGAAAUUGUUUUUGCAGCCACUCCUGGAACCAUCUCUUCAAAUGAAGGUAUUGGGUUUUCAAGGGAAGUUCAAUACAAGUUAUUUUAUGUGUUUUCAAAUGGCUACAAUCUAAAUGACAGACUGCUUCAUAGGACUGACUCUACCAAUAAGCACUAUAAAGCAACCACCUCAGGCAAUAGAUUGGAAUACCAUGAAAGGACAGUCAUUGUUAUUUAUGUACGUUGUUAUUACAAUCAGUCUUCCACAUUUGCUGGGAUUAGGGUUGCAGGACCCCCAUGAGAGCGGAAAAACCAUGAACAAAAACAUUAUUUAUCUGAGAGAAUAUUUCUCUAGGAAUUUCUAGGUCCUUCACCAUAACUAUAUGGUCACCUUCAGCCAGAAGCUGACCACAGAAUCAUGUUGGAGGACCUAGAAAUCCUUAGACUAUAUUAAUUUGAUCUGUAGAUUUAAUUAAUUUAAUCAGAUCUGCAGAAGUUUAACCUGUGAAGAAUUGACUGUGUUGUACAAGGUUCUUGUUAAUUGUUUAUUCUUUAAUUGCUUGGUUAUUAAUUUGUAGUGUGAUGUUAUAUUUUAUAAAAUAUAGAUUGGUAUCUAUGGGAUGUUUUUUCUUAUGUGCCAAAAUAACUUACUGUGGCAACUAGUAUUCUCAAUGUCUUUGUGGUGCUGAAUCCUCUCUAGUAUUAGGGCGCAUCUACACUGACUCCAGGAUGGUUUAUAUAGCCAGAAGUGGAAGGGAGUCUUGACCACCCAGCAGUAUUCAGUCUGUUUUGGCACAGCUAGACAGCUAUUUAUACCUUCUCCUCCUGUUCUCCUUGUUGCUCCAAUCUCCAUGCAUGACAUGGGUCCUGCCAAUCACUCAUCACCUGCAGGGAUGUCAGCAAUGAGGCAGUCGGAAGGAAAGAGGAGGAAUCCCCUUCCUCUCCCUUUCCCAAUCACCUACUUGCUUCAGCCAACAUCACUCCAGGUGACAACUGUCAGGAUCCAUGUUGCACCUGGAGCCCGCCAUGAGAAGGAGAAUAGGAGGGGACAGUGAGUGCCAUCCUGUGUCCCCAGGUGCCCAAAUCCGGUGAACACUGGAUGGCCAUAGAAACAGUUGCAGCCAGUCACAUCUCAGAACUGACCCAACUGUUUACAUGGGCCCAAAGUCACAGGAUGUUCCAAAUUCUGGGGCAGAAUUUAAGGCAACCUGCCACUUUGAUUAACGUGGCUCAAGGCCACAUUAAGCAACUUUGCCCUGCAUUAAAUCAGGUCACCACGGAGCUGAUUCAGGUGGCCUUUAUGCCUUGGUCAGUAUAGAUUUUCCCUUUUAGUCCAUACUUUAAAGGACUUAAACUCUAUCCUCAUACUUCCUCCUUUUCAAGUUCAGAUUAAAACAUGGAGUAGAUUUGCAAUCCUACUAAUGGGAAAUCCACCGGCAGCCACUGAUAACUUGACUGGCUUUGGAAAUGGUUGACCCGUGGGUGUCAUUUACCACUUCCCCUCCAGUGAGCCAUCUUGCUCAGAGAAGUGUUGUGACUUUCACAACCAUGACAAGCAAAAAUGAUUUGGCCAAAGCCACUGAAACAAUGUCAAAGCUCAACUAUUCAAUGGAGGAAGUGGCCAUCUGGGUUUUCCUUUUGAUUUCUCAUUCUGCCAUUCUUUCUUCUAUCACACAUUCAGUUGUAUUUCUAGAGACUGAGAAUUCUGAUGACGUGAUAUCGGUAAAGUCUGUGGAAGAAUUAAAUCCUCCCAGUCUAAGCAGAGAAAUCUGCAUCUGCUGUGGAGAGCUUGAGAUUCACACUCAGCACCCAUUAUUUCAUGGGGGAAUAUGUGCUCCUUGCACAGAGACAUUGCUGGAGAGAUUCUUCCUAUGUGAUGAAGAUGGCUCUCAAGCCGACUGCACAAUCUGUUGCUGGGGCAAUUCCCUAAUGAUGUGUGAUGAUCCAAAAUGUCACAGGUGUUUUUGUGAAGAAUGCGUGGAAACCCUUGUAUGUCCUGGACAUUCAGAGGAAAUCAAAGAUACAAAUCCCUGGAAUUGCUUCCUAUGUGUACCAAAUAAUAGAUAUGGAUUACUGAGGAAGAAGACAAAAUGGCGUGAAUAUCUGAAGCACUUCUAUGAUCAAGAGUCUAACUCACUUCAAAUAUAUCAGCCAUUGUCCCCAUGGGAAAGAAAACCAAUCCACGUGCUUUCCCUUUUUGACAACAUUACAAAAGAACUGAACAGAUUUGGAUUUCUAGAGAAAAACAUGGGCAAUGGGAGAUUGAAGUAUUUGGAUGAUGUCAAAAAUGUGACAAGAACCCAUAUAGAAGAGUGGGGUCCAUUUGAUUUUAUUUUUGGAUCCACACCCCCAGUGUCAAUGUCUUACCAAGAUCCCCCUGCCUGGUACUUUUACCAAUACAUGCGUAUACUGCAGUAUGGGAGACCUCCAGAGGGAAGCCAGAAGCCAUUUUUUUGGUUGUUUCUGGACAAUCUAGUUCUUGAUGAAGAAGACAGAGAUACAGCUUCACGCUUUUUUCAGGCAAGUAGAAAAAAUGUAGGGGAGGUUAAUGUGAAAAUCUUUUUAUGCUGCUUACUUACAUAUAUAAAUUUGAUACAGCUUUUCAGAGGCACUGUUUACAGGUGUACAAAAAUCCCUAUCAAAACUAUGUGAUACUUGCAUUAUGCAUCUUUUAAAUUAUUUUUGUGUUUCAAUUUAUAUUGCCUCGUUGUUGUACAUUGCAACGGAUUAGCCUACCUUACAAGACUGGUGUGUAGGUAAUUUCAGGCCUUGCUUGUAAAAUCUUAGCAGAGAAAGGGGGAGGAGCGAUCAGGCAGCUCCAUAACUGGAAAUGCAGCCUGUUUGGUGAAAGUGAUGAAAAUGAAGGGAGUUGCUUAGCAACUGGAAAUGGGUGGAGCCAGGGCGAGUGUAAGAGCUAUUUUUCAGCCAGAGUUUAGUUUGGAGUUUGGUGUUUGAGGAGAGGGUUUGGAGCUUUGGACUGGAAGAAAGGAGUUGUUACUGUGUUACCUCUUUGAGGAUUAUAGUUAAAAGCCUUCAAGGAAGAAGGGCUGAAAACUAUAGUUAGCCUCUAUAGUUUAGAGUGCUGGUGUUUCAAGUUUCAGGUGAAGACAUUUUAAAAGGUUUAAUAGACCUGUUCUGUAUUCCUGUGUGAAGGAACAUAUUUCCACAGAAUUUACAUUAUAGGACAUGUUUUUUGUAAGAGUAAAGCCUAACAUUUUAUUUAAACCAAUAUGCAUCUUGUUCAAAUACAAAUAAACAUCAUAUUCUUGUUUUACUUCAUCUAAAGAAUCCAUGUGACUUUCUGA